AUGGUAAUUAUUACCGAAUCUAUUGUGCAGUGCAUGUUAAAAUCUCUGAUGGACGACCAGACCGUGGAAAACGCUGUGAAUAAUGAAAAUGUGAAAGAUGGCGAUUGUAAUGGUGUUGAACAGGAAAAUGAUGUGGUAAAAACUUCAACAGUCCAGACUACAGGAAGCGAAAACGAAGAUGUAAAAUCGGUAGAUAUUACGCAAAAUAAUCGAGAGGAUUUUGCAAAGACAAGCAUCUCAGAUAGCGAUGAAAAUUAUGCCGCGUCGAAUGUUUGUGAAUCAGAUGAAAAUGCUUUCGCGCCGAGUCAAAAUACUAAUGAUGUUGAAAAAUCUACGAACGUAGAUAAUGUUGAUGAUUUGUCCAAAUCAUUGAAUGAUGAUGUCCAACAACCAAAGUCUGGAGAUGAAAAUGCCGAACAGACGAUCCCAAAGGAAGAUCCGGCUGUAGAUGAAGGAAAAAGCAAUGAAAAAAUGGCCAAUGAUCACACGAUUCCAGAAGCGAAAAUUUCAAAUCAUGGCUCAGAAACAAAAACUCAUGAAUUUGAUGCACCUACUGAAUUCGAAAACGAUACGCCGAGCUUAGGAAUGACAGAAAUAGAAACUUCCUCUAAAAAAAUGGAAGCACAACUAAGUGAAAACACAGAAGCAACAUCGGCGGAAAGUCGUCCUCAAGACAUAGAGAAGAGUGAAGAUCUCAAAAAGAAGGAAGAACAUUUGAACGUAGAAGAUGAGGAUUGUGUCGAAAAAGUUGAAGUAAAUGCACAUGAAGUUGAACCAUCUAAUAACUCCGAUAAGAAAAGUUUGCAUGUUGAAAUGACAGAAGAUGAAAAUUGUUCAAAAGAAGUGGAUAUGAAAACACAAGCAAUUGAGACACAUCUUGAAAUUGAACAAAAGAAAGAGAAUGUAGAAGCGUUAGAGGUUGAAGUUUGUUGUGAAGAAACCGAACUGAAAACGAAAGAUAUUCAACCGCUUGCAAACUCUACUGAGAAUGGGAUGCAUGUGAAAGAGGAUAAUGAUUCUCAACAAGUUCAUGAUACAAAAGAUGGCCGCGAUGAUCAUACGGUAGUCAAGGCUUCAGAAGAGACACAAGAAAAGAAUGAUAAAGCAGAAACCGACAAUGCAGUGACUGAAAAUAAGAAAACAAAUGAUGAUAAAGUUGAUGUUGACAUGAAGAAAACGAAUGAUACCUCAAACGAGUCUUCCGAAGAAGCUCAAGAAAAGGAUGAUAAAGCCGCAACUGAAAAUAAGGAAAUGGAUCAUGAUAAUGUUGAUGUUAAAAUGAAGAAAACGGAUGGUACUUUAAACGAAGCUUCAGCAGAGACUCAAGAGAAAGACGAUAAACCGCUGACCGAUAGUGGAGCGACUGAAAAUAAGGAAAUGGAUCAUGAUAAAGUUGAUGUUGAAUUAAAAAAUACAGAUGGUACUCUAAACGAAGCUUCAGAAGAGACUCGAGAAAAAGACGAUAAAGCCCUAACUGACAGUACAGUGAUUGAAAAUAAGGAAAUGGAUCAAGAUAAAGUUGAUGUUGAAAUGAAGAAAACAGAUGGUACUUUAAGCGAAGCUUCAGCAGAGACUCAAGAAAAAGACGAUAAAGCGAUAACUGACAUUACAGUGAUUGAAAAUAAAGAAAUGGAUAAAGAUAAUGUAGAUGCUGAAAUGAAGAAAACGGAUGGUACUGUAAACGAAGCUUCAGUAGAGACUCAAGAAAAAGACGAUAAAGCGAUAACUGACAUUACUGUGAUUGAAAAUAAAGAAAUGGAUCAAGAUAAAGUUGAUUUUGAAUUGAAGAAAACGGAUGGUACUUUAAGCGAAGCUUCAGCAGAGACUCAAGAAAAAGACGAUAAAGCGAUAACUGACAUUACAGUGAUUGAAAAUAAAGAAAUGGAUCAAGAUAAAGUUGAUGUUGAAACGAAGAAAACGGAUGGUACUUUAAACGAAGCUUCAGCAGAGACUCAAGAAAAAGACGGUAAAGCAAUUACUGACAUUACAGUGAUUGAAAAUAAGGAAAUGGAUUAUGAUAAUGUUGAUAUAAAAGCUACGAACAUGAAGAAUAGGGAAGUUGACCAAGAAGGGGCGCUAACUGAAGAAAAUAUACCUACUAAUAAUGACAUUGUUGAGCAAAGUUUCAAUGGUGAUAGUAUUCAAACUGAAGAACACACAUUCGUUGAAAAUAGUAAAGAAAGUCUUAGUGAUGCUUCAAAAAUAAACGUCGACGAAUUAACGACAAAAGAUGACCAAACAGAAACUGCGGAAAAGGAAGAUUCAACAACUGACUUUGUCGACAUGCAUCAUGAAGACUAUGAUGUCGAUCAAUUUGAAAAUGAAGAUAUUCCAGAAGAAAAAGAGCUCGACUUUCCACUGCAAAGAUCUCCAAGUCCUGGUAACAUGAGUGAGAAAAAACCUAGUAUUAUUGAUGAUGUUAGGGACGAAAAAACACCUGAAGGAGAAGAAGCAAAUGGUGUUGAAGCUACCGUGUCACGUGAUCAUCACAUGCAAAAGCCAGUGAUAGAGAUAUCUAGUGACUUUUUGGAGCUCUUGGAAGGAUUCUGCAUGGCUGCUGUACAGGAGUUUCCAAGCAACGUAAUCGAUUUUGCCUACAAAUAUUUUCAAGCGAUUCGUGAAAAGCGCAAAGUUCUCAGAAGUCAGAGCAUUGAUGUUUCAGACAUAGCCCUGAUCUCUGACAUUCACUGGAAUGGAAAUAUUUAA